UCUUUUUUGUACAAGUUCCCCACCCUCAAUCUCUGUUAAAGAAGAAAAAGUUGAAGCCUCUUCAACAAAGCAGACCACUGUAUCUUCAAUGCUGCGCUGCUCAGAAGCUCAAACCCCUCUGGCCAUUUUGAUUCAAUUAUUGCCUGAAAUUAGUUCAGUCUGAGAUUUCACAGAUUUUCUUGCCAUGGCAGCUCAAAAGCAGUAUCUGCAUGAGCUUCUGAGAGAAGACCAACAGCCUUUCCACCUCAAGAGUUACAUUUCUGACAGGAAAAGUCAGCUCACGUUGAUGAGAGAUGACAGACUUGUUCAUGUCGGAAGAAGGAAAUCGUUUGUUGAAACUUUAACUUGGAAGCAGAUUCUGUGUAAACGUGGUUGUUUAUUCUCCUUCCGAGGCUCGCCGGAGGUGGGUUUUCCGUCGCCGGCGUCGGCCAAGACCCAGAACGAGAGAGUUUUGCUUCACGUUCCGGCAAGGACGGCGGCUCUGCUCCUGGAGGCGGCGAUGAGGAUUCAGGGGCCGGGUAAACUUGAUACCCGGAUCAAGAAUUGCGGGUUAGGAUUUUUUGGAUCGGUUUUGAAGAGAUUAAAGGAGCAGAAUAACAAGAAGAAAAUGCGUGAGAUUAAGAAGAUUGCAGAGCAACAUGAACUGGGAUUUCCCUGCGCUUAUAAUCACAGACGCCGCCGCCGGCUAAGCAAUGCCGGCUGGUCUGAUGAGAGCAACGACGACGAAAAGUCUUUGGAUUUGGAUUUGGAGGCUUCUAGUAGCUUCCGCUCCGAGGAUUUUGAAGAAAUUGCUGACAGCUCUUUCCGGUUUUCCCUCCAUAGAUGUCCAUCUUCCGGUCACCAGACGCCGGAAUUCUCAUCUCCGGCGGCUUCUCCAGGUCUUCACAGAAGACAGGAAAAAGAAAAUUGUGAAGAUGAAGACCUGGAAAAGGCGGCUAAACAAAAAGAAAAAGAUAACAAGGAACAAUGUAGUCCAGUUUCUGUAUUGGACCACUCGUUUGAAGAUGAUAAUUUCAAAGCAGACGAGGCAGACAAAGACGAUCGCAAUCCUGAAUGUAACUAUUCCACGUUACAAAAAGCACAACAAGAGCUCUUAUACAAGCUCCAUAGAUUCGAGCAACUGGCUGAGUUCGAUCCCAUUGAACUCGAGAAACUAAUGUUCGAAGAAGAUGUGAAGGAGAGGGUGAUAUGUUGCAGAGAUGGAGAGAUUAAUCUAUACAUGAAAGUGCAAGUUUCAUGCCAGAGAUCAGAGGAGAAUACAGAGAUCAAUGAUGACUUGAAUAAUCGCAAAGUGGUGUUUGGAAAAGUAUAUAACAGAGUAGAUUUCUGCAGAAUGGAGUUUGAAGAGUGGAAGAAUUAUUGUCGCCACCAGCAAGCCGAGGAAAUUGCAAUGGAGAUUGAGGUUGUCAUGUUUGGUGUAUUGGUAGAGGAAUUAUCACAAGAAUUAAGUGGAAGUUAAAUUAUAUUUUUGCUUAAUCUUCAUUUCUAA